CAUCAUAGUAACAUACAAACACAGUAAAUUGUACAGGAAUAUAAAUAGGUAAAUAUAUAAAUAAAUGAGACACCAUUAGUUAAACAAACUAUUCAACCUUCCAUAAAUAAUAUUCUGUCAUAUUAUUACAUAAUUCAAGUUUUUUUUUCUUCUUUGGAAAAACAAAAAUUUGGAACCGAUCUCGAACAAGGAUCACAAUGAAUCAGUUUAUGGUUACAUCAGUAUUGAUCUUCGUAAUUGUAAGCUUCUGUUGGUAUAAUCCUGUGAAAAGUCAAUUUCCGCCCAAUUUUCGCACAUUUGACUUAGAAGAUGAUUAUCCAGAAAUACCUGGACGAUAUUCACCAUCAAUGCAUAAAGAUCAUGCAACACAUUUCAAUUAUAAAGAUAGAUUUCGUUGGAGUAAACGUGUUCCACCUUAUAUAACCGGUGGAAUUCGGUAUCGAUAAACAAACAAAUAUGAUUAGCAGGAUAUAUAAACAUGCACGUUCGUAUGUUUUAGUUGCUAAGUAACAGUUGUUCCCUCGUUUCUCUUUUUUUUUAAAAAAAAAAGAAAGAUAUAACUACAAAUCAAAUACACACAUUAUAUCACAAUGUAAAACAAGGUUGGUGAAUGUGAAUUGUAAACAUUUUUAUGAAAUAAUAAAGGCAUAACUACAUAUAUGUCAUUAUGUGUUAUUAUUAUUAGAAUAAGAAUAAUUGAUUACUGAAUUAAAAUGACAUAUUUCAUUCAAAAAGGGGGAACAUAUGAUUAUAACUGAUGCUUUAACAAGGUUUACUCAAUACCUUAACAUAUUUUAUACUUUAUAAAAGAAUUCAGACCUGACUACACAAGUUACUUGAUCUGUAUGUGGGCUGUGGUACUGCUCGAGAUCACAGGUCGAAGUAGGUGGUUUCUUUAGAUGGCCACACUCGGAGUCGUUGUAGUGGAGCAACGUCCCAUGUUAACCGGUGAUCAACAAUUGGUUCAUACACCAUUUGUUCCCUUGUGGUGUGGUCUACUCAUAUCUAUAUAAGUAGUACAUGGUGUGAGUCAGACAUAGAAUGUAUUUUGGC